ACGAAUCUGGGAAACCCGGCCUUAUUAUUAUUUAUCGUUUAUUUGCUAAUUUUUAUUAACUAUUGUAACUUUUAGAAACAGAUGUUCAUCCUCUUGAUGCAAUUUCCCCCAAAUAAGGAAACCAUUUUGACGACGAGAACAGCAGACAAAGCUUUUGUUGUGUCGACACCUGCUGUGAGUCCAGAGGUAGCCUAUGAAGUGACCAUGUUAGGUGCCCUCUUAAAGUUUCCUGUUCUUUAUGUCGUCCUUUCAUUAUCUUUCAGACAGAUAACGUAUGACGCAAGAGUUUAGCACAUGGGAACUAAAGUACAAAACUAAAAUCUAUACCUACUGAGAGCAGCAUUGGCCUACCUCGUAAUGUCAAGCACACCACAUUGCCAUAGAUUAUUUUAAAUUCUGUUAUGUUGCCUGCUCAUGUUUGUAGUGUAUUGUGGAAUUACAUUUUUGAAAAAAUAUGUAAAAUUGUGGGCAAAUGCCCUUUUAAUUAAUUUGCGAACAACAUAAAGGCAUGCUAUUUUUUUUUUUUUUAAAUGUCACCAUUUGAACCAUGCCAUCACAGCCCUAAACAUUACAAUAAUAGGCACACACACCCACACCCAGCAACUCCCCCACCCACCUCCACACACACACAUAUACACACACAAAACACACACAUCCCGCUUCUAUUCUUCUCCACACAGUGGCAGGAAGUUCUCCCGAUAUCCGCAGUGCUUCUGAAAAAAGAUUUAGAGAGAAAAUUGUGGCAGAUAUUUGCAAAGGUUGGGGGCUGUUCAACAGACUGUUCACACGGUCCAAUCUUCAACACAAUCAGGAACAUAGCAAGACCACAACUUAACAGGAAAAGACCAAGAGUGAUACCCCCAAAAAGUUCCCAUGCUGGUGAACCUAAAAACUGUUGUGGGACCAAGUUACUGGAUUAAACUGUUAAGUGGCUGCUAGGAAGAGAGAGAAGAGUAUCUCUUGAGUCUCUAGGAACAUACUGGAACAUCACUGGCCCAAGGAUGCUAGUGCUGUGGAUGGCCAUUCUGCUGGCUUUAAUCAGGAUGUGUGCAGCAGCAUCACCUGGAGACCCAUGGGGCCAGUGUCCCACCACCAGACAGUGCAAGGCCAAGUUUGCAGACGGAUCAUGUGACAAGGAGUGCACAGAACCUGAGUGUCUGAUGGAUGGCUUUGACUGUCUGAAGGACCAAGGCCAAUGCAAUCCAGGCCAUAUCCAGUAUUGCCGCGACCACUAUGCCAACCAACACUGUGAGCAGGGCUGUGACAGCGCCCCCUGUGGCUGGGACGGGAGUGAUUGCUUUAGACACCAGAGCCCUAAGUGGGCUAAAGGCACCCUUGUGCUCCACACGCGGGUCCCGUUGCAACAUGGCACCUUCUCCAACAGCUCCUUUCUGUGGGCUCUCAGUAUUCUGCUUAAAACCUCCCUUAAACUGCGAGGCUCAAUGUCCCUUGACUCCAGCAAGGACCUCCUGAACUUUGACCCCCAGCAUCUUGCUGAACUGUUGGCGCAAGUCGCGUCAAAUGAUGCAAAUGGAUCUGUGUUAUUCCUCCAAGUGGACAACAGGCCGUGCUCCCGCCAUGCUCCCGCUACCUGUUUCUUGCACGCCACAGAAGCAGCCAGUUUUCUGCGCGCUGUGAUGUCACUGAACCGUGCGUCCCUCCCCUUCCCCCCAGACCUCCAGGCCAUUGUAAGUGUGAGGGGGCUCCGAGAGGAAAUAGGAGGAAGGGAGGAGGACAAGGUUGAACAGGAAACUGUAGAAGCUACACCCUCAUGGCUGUGGGCUGUGAUCGGUGUUGCGGUAGGUCUGACGCUGGCAUUGGCCUUGGCGGUUGUCUUGGUGACCAGAAAGGUAAGAAGGAGUCGAACAGAGAGGGAGGUGGGAGAGAGGGUGAGGCACAGAUCCACCGUCACCGACAACAGUGAGGGCGGGGCCAAAACUUGGGCACAGCACACACCUCAUCGUGAGCGAAGGGGCAGAGCGGGGAGGGAGAAAGACAGGAACGGGAUGAAGAAGAAGAAGAAAGCUAAGGAGGCAGAGAAGAAGAGAAGGAGGGAGCCGUUGGGGGAGGACGCCAUUCGAAUGCGACCACUCAAAAGGAACCUGGACAUUGGCAGUGACACUGACUUUACCCAGAGUUCCAUGGAGGACAUCAAUGCCAGAUGUUCCACACGCCAGGAGGAUCCUUCUAUCUGUGAUCACAGAAGCAUGGAGCAGAAACACUUCAGGGUCACUCCCAGCCAAUCACAAAGCCCUAGGCCUAUACAACCUCCUCCAAGAGGAUGGGAGAGAAAUGCUGUCCCUCCACUUCUGAGUCCUCCCAAUCAGUCAGCUCCUGUCCAGUGGUGUGGUCCUGAUGGGUCGGUGGUCCUUAUUCGGGCAGUGCGGAGUGGUCUCGAUCGAGUGGUCCUUGAGCUGCUGCGGGCUGGGGUGCCGGUUAACAACACGGACCAUACUGGGAGAUCAGCCCUCCACUGGGCAUGCUCAGUAAACCACCUCUCUCUAACAAGAACCCUCACUCGUUAUGGGGCAGCAGUGGACCUGCAAGACAACAAGGGGGAGACACCUCUAUUUCUCGCCGCCCUUCACGGUUGCUACGAUACUGCCAGGUUUCUUCUCCUCAACGGGGCCAAUCAGGAAUUGCAUGAUCGAAGAGGGCGUCGCCCACUGGAUGUUGCCCGAGAGGGAAUGCAUCACCAGGUUUUGGAGCUCCUAUUGGCUCACAGAGUUCAGAGAGGACCUAUUCCGAUUGAUCCAUCCAAUGAGAUGUUGUGGGAUGAGCGUGGCCUCAUGUACUCCCCCUGGCCCACUUCCCAGGGCGUACCUGGGAGGAGUUCCUCUUUCUCCGGGGUCAUAGAACAACGAUAUAUGACUCCACCUCCACCAAGUAAUUGGUCUAUGGGCAGAGUACAGUGUCCCUCCCCCCAGAAUUGGCGGCCACAGCUCAACCAAUCAGCAACUGCAUUGGUCACUCCAAGAAUCAUGGGUCGUCCACCUCGGCCAAUCAGCACCCUGCAGGAAGUGACCUCAGAAGCAGAGGACGAAGACAGAGAAAGAGCACAGGAAGUUCCUAGAGCAGCCACCCCCCACUUUUUAUUACCCCAGCCUGCUCCUCGACAACGGUCAUUCUCCUGUACCCAGCAUGCAUUGCAGCGUCGCAUUAGUACCCACCAACCUGCACCACCCCUUAAUGUCGUCCACCUUGACACAUCUAAUGAGCCAAUAGAGAGAGUGAUAGUGGUCGCUCCCACAGAUGCACCCACACAAUCAGACCGCAGAUCAAAAACUGAUAAUAGUGACAUCACAAGUAAGGCCGAGGCAGCAAGCUCCACAAAUGUAGAGCAGAGAAGCAAAAGUGAGAAAUUAAAUAACAUGGCUGACUCUACUCAAACAGCACUAUAAGCGCUGCACUAAAUACUUUCCCACAAAUGGGCAUAUGGGUGUUUACUUUACAUUGAGAUAACAUUAGGUGAAGGAUUCAUUUGUGUUUAUAUGCAUUUAUGUCUGAAAUUACAAACAAGCAUCUGAUUUGUAUUACUGAAAUAAUACACCUGUAUUGGGAGACAGAACUAAAGAUUGUGAAUACAGAUUCUUUAUUGUAAAGGAGGUAGAGAGAAUACAGGUGUUUCACUGUACAGAGAAAAGACUGCACUGUUUAUAUACUCAAUUAAAGAGUUCAAAUGGACAGCACAGACACAGGUGUGCCUCAUUCAUAAAAUACACACACAAGCCCAGUAGAAAAAAAAAAAGAGAAACACAAAUUCUUUGGAUUUUCUCUAUUGCCCUCUCAUUCUUGAUUUCAUCUCUGUUGUAACAUAAAAAACACUACAUAUUUUAAAUGCUAAUAAAACAGCAAUAAUAAUAAUGUGUCAUAAAAACAAUAAAAUGAUAAUGCAGUUGCCCAAGCCCCCCAACCAAUGUGAUGCAGUAACAAGUCCAGGUGGUGAAAAACAAAGCUCAUGAUCCAUGAUCCCAAUACUAAAACCACAGAUAGAAGUACACAAACAAACACACGUACACACACACUCCAAGU